CGAACCACCGCCCAUCAGCUGAGAAAUUCAGCCGGGUGCCUUCCGGGACGCUUAAGGGUGGCCGCCGGUGGAGGAGGAGGAGGAGGAGGAGAAGGAGGAGGUCUUGGUGAUCAUUUAGAGAAAGCUUCUCAUCUUUCUCCGCCCAUCUGAUGAGAUUGGUCAAUGAACAGAUCAGCCAUGUCUUACACUCCAGGAAUUGGUGGCGACCCAGCCCAAUUGGCUCAGCGUAUCUCUUCUAAUAUCCAGAAGAUCACACAAUGUUCUGCGGAGAUACAAAGGUCUUUGAAUCAACUUGGAACACCUCAAGACUCACCAGAAUUGAGGCAACAACUGCAACAGAAGCAACAGUAUACAAACCAACUUGCUAAAGAAACAGAUAAGUACAUAAAAGAGUUUGGAUCUCUGCCCACCACUCCAAGUGAACAGCGUCAAAGGAAAAUACAGAAAGAUCGCCUAGUUGCUGAAUUUACAACUUCACUAACAAACUUCCAGAAGGUCCAAAGACAAGCUGCAGAAAAAGAGAAAGAUUUUGUUGCCAGAGUACGAGCCAGUUCCAGGGUCUCUGGUGGUUUUCCUGAAGAUAGUUCUAAAGAUGGGAAUCUUGUGUCUUGGGAAAGUCACACCCAACCCCAAGCUCAGCUGCAGGAUGAAGACAUUACAGAAGAUGAUCUCCGCCUUAUUCAAGAGAGAGAAUCUUCCAUUAGGCAACUUGAAGCUGAUAUUAUGGAUAUAAAUGAAAUAUUUAAGGAUUUAGGAAUGAUGAUUCAUGAGCAAGGAGAUGUGAUAGACAGCAUAGAAGCCAAUGUAGAAAAUGCUGAGGUACAUAUCCAGCAGGCAAACCAGCAGCUAUCAAGGGCUGCGGAUUAUCAGCGCAAGUCCCGAAAAACUCUGUGCAUCAUCAUUUUUAUUGUUGUCAUUGGAUUGGUGAUUCUUGGAGUCAUCAUUUGGGGAUUGCAAAGAAAUUAAAAGGAGGGCAGUGUUGCACUACAUCACCUAAAUUAUGUAGGAAUUUUCCUCUAAUUGUAGUUUUUAUCACUGUAUAGCUGUUGAGUAAAUUAUGGUUUCCAUAUCUUGUCAUUUUUAUUUGAGGGAAAGUUUCCUUUGGUUUAAAUACAAUAUUUUCUAAUAUUGAAAUGUUUUCUAAAUUUUUCUGCUGUUGUCAUAUUCUUCAAUUCAGCAAUUACUGAAUUUUUGUCCAUAUUCAAAUUUGCUAUCAGCCCAUUAUUUAAGUUGUUGACUGUUAACUUAGAUUUUGUUAUUAAAAACUCUUGUGUCAUGUGAGCAUCUCUAUUGCUGUACAUACUUGUACCUAACUUUCUGUUGGCCCAAGGAAAAUACCUGAUUUCAGUUUGGGCUAGUGGAGGAAAUAUUGUCAAACAACUUAAAAAAUUGGUUAACAGAUCUGUGUGCUGCUUAGUUCUUGACAAAGAUGCCAACAUACUCUUUCUUAGAUGAUUCAUUCUUUUGAUACCUAUAUCAACCCAGAAAAACAACAUGUGGACACGUUCUUAAUUUGUCUCAUACUUCUGAUAUGUAUUUAUUAAGCAUUUGCUGUAGCGUGCCUGGUAAAUACCUCUACAGUGAAGAGUGGUGGUGAUUGCAUAGGCUGUAUUUAGCUCUUAACUCUAUUUGGAGAAGUAUAGUCUUUGUAAAUGUUUCCUGUGCAUUUGGAGAAAAAAAAUAAAUGCUAUAGCUGAUAA